AACAGCGCUGUUAGUGUUAUUACCCUGACAGUUCAAAACGUGAAAUCUUAACCCUCCAUUGUCGAAUAGAUUCUAAACAAUAAUGUGUAAUUUAUCGGGUUGCAUGUUGUGAUAAUGCCAUUUGAUCAUCUGUAAUAACCUGUGUAAAGCAUCAGUUCGCCGUAAUGGAUACCCCUGACAAUAUUGGAUUGCAAUUCCUAGACCUGACCGGUAUUGAAGAAUAUGAGAAAAAUGCGGUUCUGACCUCGUUGCAGCCUUUACAGCCUGACGCUAGGUUUCCUUGGUAUAUUGGGGGAAACCCAACAAAUGAAGGAUCCAGUUGGACUAAACUGGCGGCUGAAUUUGUGCCACAACCGCUCAAUGAAACCUACUCGAAUGCUACAGAGCCGAUCUCCAUAAUAAAUCCCGAAAACGGAUUUGCUGAUGAACCGUUCACUGAUCCAGCCCUUAACAGUAUCGCUCAUCCACCCAUAAAUAGCCCGUACAAUUCAUCACAGUAUUACCUGCCGCCGAUUCCUCCCAUUCAAUCACCUUCAGUUCACCUGCCCGGCAGUUACGGCUACAAUCACUUUUCCCCUACUGGGAACCAUCCAGAUCUGCCUGUGACCAACGCAGUGUACACGCCUUAUCCCAACUAUCCCGCUAAAGUGUUUUACGAAGUCCCUUCAGCUCAGCCCACCUUUAUCAAUCAUGGAGCCGAUGCUGGCAUCUAUUACCCGCAUGCUGGCCAAAUGUAUCUGGAUAACUCUAUUCCCGUUCAGCCGGAAAUUGCUCCCAGUUCCCAUUGGGAGUCACCAACUUCAAUCGCGCCCACGCAAAAUGGGACUGCUUUGAAGAAAUCUCCGCCGCUGCUAUCGGCCGAUACACCUGCAUUUACCCCGAAAAAUCAGCAACCCGACCAAGAGAAAGCCGCAGAGCGUCCAGAUGAACCGAAAUCUAGCGCGGAGGCUACCGUGGAAGCGCCCCAGUCGGCCCCACUUGAGGAGAAAUCGGUCAGCACUCCCAAUCAGGCUUCCGGAGCGAAGUCUUGGGCCAGUCUUUUCACCCCCAAAGGAGGUUCGGCAAGUGCGAUGGUUAAUGGAACGUCUGCUUCAGCUUCAAGUGCUGCCAAGCAGCUGAAGACUGUUGAAUCCUGCCCGAUCAAGAACCCGAGAAAGAACCAUUUUAUCGAUCCGGAUUGUUACAGAAUGGGAGAGUUUUUAAAAAACUGCUCAGUGGAUGGUAGAGCCAUCAGCCUGCAGCCCAGAGGUUUAAUCAACCAGAGCAACUACUGCUACAUUAACUCCAUCCUUCAGGCUCUGCUGGCUUGUCCCCCAAUGUACAACCUGCUAAGUGGCUUAGCUGAUAACAUUUCCUCGAACGUCAAGAGAAAACCCACUCCGGUUAUCGACGGAAUGUGUAAGUUUAUUAAGGAAUACAAUCACUUACCAGCGAAUAUGCGUGUGAACAACCGCCGAUCGGACGGCGGCAAGAAGGACCAAAAACGAGACCAAAACACCAUGAUCAACACGGACAUUCCGUUUGAGCCUUCGUGGGUUUAUAAAAUAUUGAGCGGCCUGCAAACGGACCUUAUCGAAGGGCGUCAGGAGGAUGCAGAAGAAUUUCUAGGGUGCCUUUUAAAUCACUUGAGCGAUGAAAUGCUGGAGCUGAUUAAAUUAGUGGAAACGUCGGAAAGGGUGCUUGAAGAAGAGCCGCAGGACGACAGCGAUAUGUGGCAGGUGAUGGGGAACAAGAACAAAGGCUCUGUAUUGAGGAAAAUGGAAUUUGAGCGAACCCCAAUCACGGAUAUCUUUGGCGGGUCGCUGAAGUCCCGAAUAUACAGAACAGGGGGGCUUGUUACAGAGAACACGCAACCAUUCCUCACUCUGCCGUUGAAUAUUGAGAAAGUAAAGACUGUGCGUGAAGCCCUAGACGCUCUUACCACUAAGCAUCAGCUGGAAGGGCUGACUUCAGCUAAAACUAAUGAAGAAGUAGAGGCUUGGCAGCAAGUGAUGUUGGAUGAGCUGCCAGUGAUCUUGAUACUUCAUCUGAAGUGCUUCGACUUCCAGCUGAAUGGAUGUACAAAGAUUGUGAAGGCUUUGGAAUUUCCUAUUGACCUGAAAAUCGAUGGAAAGCUGUUGUCGCAAAAAACGACCAACGCAAAGGUGAAGCAGUAUAAGCUUUUCGCUAUAGUUUAUCACGACGGAAAGGAAGCAACUAAAGGACAUUAUGUAACGGACGCGUUCCAUGUCGGCUUCAGCAGCUGGCUGCGGUACGACGACGCUUCAGUCAAACCAGUACAAGAGGAACAGGUGUUGAAUCCUCAAGGAACGCGAGUACCCUAUUUGUUAUUUUAUCGUCGCAGCGAUACGAUUAGGAGCAAAUAAUUAGUUCUAUCAAUUGGCCUAUUUAAUUGUUACUUAGUGUUAAGUGUAUUAUUUUAUUAAUUAAUUUGUAUAUAAAGUCUUUUGCAGA